AUGCCAACCUUUUGGAAUCGCUUCCCUCCACCAAGGGAAAACCACGGACCUAUAACAUCAAAAUGGUUGAUCUUCUAUCAAUUCUUUAAGGGCAAAAGUACCCAGGUGUCCCGGGUUGGUGAUACCGACGUGGCGCGGCCAGGUCAGAUAUUUUUCAAAUUAAAUCCGUGGAUACUGACGAUUGCAAGCUUCUUAAUCGGUCUCUUGAUACUUUUCAAAGCUGAAUCCUUAUACCACGGUACAGGCCUAAGUAUUACCCCUCGAGGGUGCCUUAGAAGUUUAGUUUCCACUUUAAACCCCCUGUUUUCCAUACCCUCGAGGGGUAAUACUUACGCCUGCGACGUAAUGAAUAGAGAAGAAUCAAUCAGAGGAGAGAUAUAUAUCCUUUCUUCUACUUCAGAACGAAUUGACAAUCCUUUCCUUUAUCCGCUUCUUUGGCAAGCUUGUUCCCCUUCAGCUCAAGCAAUAAGAGAACUUCUCGGCUAUAUAACCGUUACCCCAGAAGAAGCCAUGAAUAUCAAUUCUUUCCGCACUCUAUCUGGAUUCGGUCUGCAAAAACAAGGUAUGAUAGGAGAAGGUAUUUACUUUAGACUAGAAAUUGAAGCUUGGGGUUGGGACGAGGUGGGACCCAGAUGGUAUUGUGUUGCCGAUGCCCAUAGGGGUAAGAUGGACAAGGUGGAAAAAGUCUAUAUCCCAGAACUUUGGCCAAAGCCGAUUGAGAAUGGUGUGUAUUUGAUGACCGCAUUAUGGAACCGAGGCGAAGACGCUAUCAGGGAGUUUAUCCUCAAUUUAUUUGAUAGAAGGAAAAACCCCGACAAAGUAAUACGCUUCUCAAGGAUCCCAAAUUUCGGUUGGGAUAUGCAGAUGCUCAUUCCAACUUAUUACCUGCAAAAUGAAGAGUUGGGUAUAAAGAGUACAUGCUUUGAAACAAGGGAAGCCCUAAAAGAUUAUUCGAACAAGCCUGCUGAUUGGAGCAGAUGGAUUAGUACUGAAAAUCCUGGGGACUUGGACAUUAAUACUCAGGAUCUACCCGAGCAUCCUUGA